AUGACGUCCGACGCCCAUCCCCCUCCCUCUGCACCCUCUGCCGCCGCCCUCCUCGAAGAAGACGGCGACGACGACUACCGCUCCUCCGAAGACGAGGACUUUGACCCCACCACUGCCGCCGCGGCUGCCGUCUCCGAGAACUCAGGCUCCGACUCAGACUCGGAUUCAGACUCAGGCGCAAAAUCGAAAUCGAAACCGAAACCGAAGAAACGGGCCACAAAGAAGCGCCAGAGAGAACAAUCCGACGACCCCGCCCCCACGCGCAAGAUCAAGACCCGCGCGCACAGGCGCCUGCACGGCGACCACAACCCCGACGACGAGGAGUCCCACACCGCAGUACUGGCAGCAGCGAAGGCGCAGGACGCGACAGAUGUGGAUGCGCUUUGGGCGGCGAUGAACUCGCCUGCUGUGGUGGUGGCCGAGAAAAAGGAGGAGGAGGAGGAGGAGGAGGAGGAGGCAGAGAAGACAGAUGGAACAGAGGGAAAGACAGAGGGAGAGACGGAGAAGGCAGGAAAAGGCAAGAUCCACGAGGAGGAGACAGUAACGAUAUCGCGCACCUACACGUUCGCCGGGCAGGAACACACAGAGCACAAGGUCGUCCCGCGGGACUCGCAGGAAGCGCAAGCCUAUCUCGCCUCUCUCCCUGCACCCUCCUCUACCCCCUCUACCCCCACCACCGCCGCCAACACACAAGGAACCAAGCCGCGCCGCGCAGCGCCCAAAAAGCGCGUCUCGGCAUUCGACUCCGCGGCGGCCGCGCGCAAGCCGCACACCCCGCCCGCGCAAAAGAUGAACACGCUCGAAAAGUCGCGGCUGGACUGGGCGGGCUUCGUGGACAAGGAGGGUAUCGGCGAGGAGCUGCGGCGCCACAAGAUGGGCGAGAAGGCGUAUCUGGAGCGGCAGGCCUUCCUGGGGCGCGUUGAGGAGAGGGGUGAGAUGGUGCUGAAGGAGGGGAGGAGGAAGGGUCCGUAG